AUGUCAAGGAUCGAGUCCGAAUACUCGUUUGGCAGCAAGCCGUUCGGGCACUACAAGGGGACGCCGCGUGUACCAAUCGAAAAUGUGAAGGGAUUCCGCAUUGGGCGGGAUGGCUGGAAGGAGGUGUUUCACCUGUUCUUCAAAAAUUGUGACCAUCCGGCAUUGCAGGACCAGAUCUACUUCCAGGACGAGAGGUUCAUGGUAAUUUAUGACGGAUACCCCAAAGCACGGCACCAUCUGCUUUUGAUGCCGAGGCCGUCGUUUCUCGAUGUCAUGCGGCCAUCGGACCUCCGACGCGAACACCUCUCAGCUCUACACCAGAUGCAUGCAUUGGGUAGGGCAGUGGCGGAAGACUUGUCGCAGCAGGGCAUCGGCGAAAUCAGGAUCGGCGUGCACGCUGUUCCUUCAAUGGAGCCGUUGCACAUGCACAUCAUCAGCCAAGACUUCGACAGUGAAAGACUGCGGAUGCCGCGUCAUUGGAACAUCUUCACCACAGGUAGCCGCCUUCUGCAUUGCCGACCGUGUGCUUGA